AUGCCUCCAAAGCGAGUUGCGAUAAUAGGGGGAGGAUGCGCAGGUAUCAGUUCACUCUGGGCGUUGAGAGAUUCAGGCCAUGAAGUGCAUCUAUUUGAAUCAUCUGAUAAACUUGGUGGCCGUCUAAAAACGCUUCCUUUUGAAGAAAGUGGUCGUCGAAUCGAUGUUGAUACAGGACCAGUGUUCUUCAAUGCACAUGCUUCCCCCAAUUUUGACUCUCUCAUUGAUUGUCUCGGACUGCAUACGUCUGAAGGGAGACUGAGCUUUGGCUUCUCUCAAGGGAGCCGCAUUUUCCAAUGGGGAAGUAGUCUCCUGAGAGAUGUGCUCUUUCAUCCAGGGACAUUCUGCAGCCUGGAAACAUGGCAAACGAUAUUCGACGUAGUCAGAUUCAAGUAUCUGGCUGCUGAUGUCUUGGCCAAUGAGGUGGAGGAUCUCGGCUUCCUACCCAGCGUCCGAGACUAUCUUGCAAAAGAAGGCUAUUCUCACAGCUUUUGUGAGAGUUACUUGGUCCCUUUGCUUUCAGAACUAUGGAGAACGAAUUCGGCAAAGUGCCUCUCAAGCCUUCCUAUCAAGCCCUUGAUUCGCUUUCUGCAUGACCAUGGGAUCUUGAGCACUUCAGGGCGAACACCAGAAUGGCAAACGAUCCAAGGAGGAGCAGAAAAACUUAUAAAAGCCAUGACCAGAACUAUCCCAGCAGAUAGGCUCCAUUUGAAGGCGCGAGUCGUAAAUGUUGAGCCUGCCGACAUGACCGCCGGCUACACUCUACAUACCAGUGACAGCCAGUCAUCCGAUUUCGAUCACAUAAUAUAUGCCGUCGACGGCGAAGAGAUUCUUAAAAUAUGCGGUUCACUACUAGAUGUUCAGGAGAUCAAUAUCAUUAGUGAGCUUCGCACGUCGAAGACCGUUGGCGUCCUCCAUUCCGAUACUUCUGUAAAUCUCAUCUUUCUGCAAAACUCACUAACACCGCCCCAGCUCAUGCCCAACGACUCACAGCGGUGGUCCGCUUGCAACUACAUCUCGAACCCAUACUCGAAACCCAAAUCUUCGCAACCCCAAGCAUGCCUCACCUUCUGGGCGAACAACACCCAAAACAUCCCAUACUCUAAAUUCGGCGACGUCUUCAUCACCCUUAACCCCUUCACUCCACCUCAUCCUCGCCUCGUGCAAGGGAUCUGGGAAUACACUUCCCCCGAACUGAGCGCAUCAGCACUAAACGCAGAGCGAGAGCUUCCCACAAUCCAAAAUACAAAAGGCCUCAGCUACUGCGGUUCUUGGACGGGUUUUAACUUCUAUGAAGAAACAGUCACGAAUGGGCUGAGAGUCGCUGUUGAGCAUUUGGGCGCAGAGCUCCCGUUCCAGCUGGUUGAUCACCAAGCAGCUCAGGUUUCUGCUUCAGGUCGUUUUAGUAGUUUGAAGAAUAUGGUCAUUAGGAUGAUACUGAGGCUGCUUGGCUUCUAUAUAUGGAUGGGUGGGAUACUGCUUCGCCUUUUGGGCUUGAUUAGCGUUGUGAGGUUUACGUCGGAAAGGAGCAGUAAUGCUAAGAGUUGGAAGGCUGUGUGA